UCAAAACACACGUACACAGUAUUAAAGAUAGCAGUCAUCAAAUUAGUGUACAACAUAUUAGUGACGACGCACAAAGUAAAAUUUCUAAAACUUUGCGUUGAUAUAUUGACUCUGCAUUAUUGCAACAAAAAUUUAUAGUUAUAUAACGAACUUUAUUACUCAAUAAAUUAAUAAUAGAAUUAAAAAUGAAAGAAGGUAAACUGAUCAAUAUAUCGGACCAAGAAGAGAUAUCAAUUAUGACUUCAUGCUGGUAUUGCAACGAGGAUGGAAAUAAAGGAAAGCUCAUAUCUCCAUGUAAAUGUACAAAUCAACUCAUACACCUCCACUGUCUAAAAAUAUCCGCAAAUAUUUGGAACGUACUUUACUGUCAAUUUUGUCAAACUCAAUAUUCAUUAGAAAUAAAGCAUAAAUCAUUAUUAGAGUGUUACAGAGGCAGUAGUACAUUGUUUCAGAUGCUUCGAGAAGUUUGUGCUCCUCUUUUCAAAAUACUAAUUUUGAUAUUCUACUAUUUAUUUUUCGUUAGCAUAAUCGUUUAUGUGAUCAUAUCAUAUGAUUAUGUGAUGAAGGAUUACAAUAUCUUUAUCGUUAUUUUUAUAAUCAUAAUGUAUUUAUACGGUUUAUUUUUCUUCAUUUAUGCGACAGUGCCCAUUAUGAUUAACUGGAGUGACAGAAUACGUAAAAUUUAUUAUAAAAGCACUCAAGAAAUUAUAUUAAUGAAACAACAUCCAAAUGUUCAAAUAAUUUAA